AAGUCUUGAAGAAUAACUCAUUGAUCAAUCUCCACCAAGACCUAGAGUUGGUCCGUUGUAACCAUCCAAAGAACUAACUCAAGGAAAACGAGUACACAACUCCUUAGACGUUAUUUUUUGUUUUCAUUUGGACGAACAAACAGGGCAGCUGCAAUGUGGAUUCAGGUGCGCACAAUGGAUGGGAAAGAAACCCACCGGGUGGAUUCCCUGUCCAAACUGACCAAGGUGGACGAGCUUCGUCUCAAAAUCAUGGAGCUGUUCAAAGUUGAGCCAGAGAGACAGAGACUUUUCUAUCGUGGCAAGCAGAUGGAAGAUGGCCAUACCAUAUUCGACUAUAACGUUGGCCUAAACGACAUAGUGCAGCUACUUGUUAGGCAGAAGAUGCCUCCUGCUGAUGUCGUCAAAAGCAAGGACAAAGAGGCUGAGCUCUCAGACUCCGAUUCUGGCUGUGGUUCAACCCAAAGCGAGUCUGACAAGAACUCAACUCACGGGGAAGUGGAGAGUCAGACCGCUGGAACUUCAGCCCAGACAAACACCCCAGAGCUUGUCUAUCCAGGAUUUGGAUUUUAUAAGAUCAAUGACCUGGUGGAUGCCAGAGACUUAAACAUGGGAGCAUGGUUUGAGGCCCAGGUUGUGAAUGUCACAAAGACGACAAAAACGCCCAAAGAAGCAGAUGCAGAGCUAGCUGAGGAGGAGAUCCUGUACCAUGUCAAAUAUGAAGAUUACCCAGAGAAUGGAGAGAUUCAACUGCUGGCUAAAGAUGUUCGCCCCCGAGCCCGUACGGUGUAUCAGUGGCACCAGCUGGAGCCAGGAAUGGUUGUUAUGGUCAACUACAACCCGGAUGACCCAAAGGAACGUGGAUACUGGUAUGAUGCUGAAAUCCAGAAGAAGAGGGAGACGCGUACCGUACGAGAGAUCUACGCCAAGAUCCUGCUUGGUGAUGCUGGUGACUCUCUUAAUGACUGCCGGAUCAUGUUCCUGACUGAGAUCUACAAAAUUGAGGAGCCUGGAUCUUUGGCAGAUGGCCCAGCUGGAUCUGAGAGUCCAUUAAAAAGAUCAAAUGGACCCGAGUGCAAGCAUUGUAAAGAUGAUCCCGAAAAAAACUGUCGCUUGUGUAACUGCCACAUCUGUGGCAUCAAGCAAGAUCCUGACAAACAGCUGCUGUGUGACGAGUGUGACAUGGCGUUUCACACCUACUGUCUGAAUCCUCCUCUUACCUCCAUUCCCGAAGAUGAGGACUGGUAUUGCCCAGGAUGCCGUAAUGACGCAAGUGAGGUUGUGCUGGCCGGAGAGAAGCUGAAGGAGAGCAAGAAAAAAGCCAAGAUGGCUUCUGCAAGUUCAUCUAGCCAGAGAGACUGGGGCAAGGGAAUGGCAUGUGUGGGUCGAACCAAGCAGUGCACCAUUGUUCCGUCCAACCACUAUGGCCCAAUCCCGGGUGUUCCAGUUGGCUCCCUUUGGAAGUUCAGAGUGCAGGUCAGCGAAUCUGGUGUCCACAGGCCUCAUGUUGCUGGAAUUCAUGGUAGAAGCAAUGAUGGAGCCUACUCUCUGGUCCUGGCUGGGGGUUAUGAAGAUGAUGUGGAUGACGGUAAUGAGUUCACCUAUACUGGCUCAGGAGGCCGAGAUCUGUCCGGAAACAAGAGAACUGCCGAGCAGUCAUGUGACCAAACCCUUACCCACAUGAACCGAGCUCUAGCUCUCAACUGCAACGUCCCUGUCAAUAAUAAAAAUGGAGCUGAGUCCAAGAACUGGAAGGAAGGCAAACCGGUCAGAGUUGUGCGGAGCUGCAAGGGUCGCAAGCACAGUAAAUACUGUCCUGAAGAGGGGAACAGAUAUGAUGGAAUAUACAAGGUGGUUAAGUACUGGCCAGACAAGGGAAAAUCUGGCUUCUUGGUAUGGAGGUACCUGCUGAAGCGUGACGACGAUGAGCCAGCGCCUUGGACCAGAGAUGGCAAAGAGCGCAUCAAGAAGCUUGGCAUCACCAUGCAGUAUCCUGCAGGCUACCAGAAAGAGAAGGAGAACAAAAACGAAGUGGAGGAUGAGGCGGAGGCGACACCGAGCAAGGCAAAGAGGAAGAGAAAGAGUCAGGGCACUGAAACACCCAAGACCUCGUCACCCAGGUCUAAGAAGAUCAAAGUGGAAGUGUUCAAGCUUUCCCAGGAGCAGAAAGCCCUCAUUAAGAAUGACAAACUAAACAAGAAGCUGUGGGAUGAAGCCAAGGAGUCCCUGUCACUUGGGCCGAAAUUCCUCAACAAAGUUGAAGAAGUUUUCCUCUGCAUCUGCUGCCAAGAAGUGGUCUACCAGCCCAUCACCACAGAGUGCCAACACAAUGUGUGCCGGGAAUGCCUUCAGCGGUCUUUUAAGGCAGAGGUGUACACCUGCCCGGCCUGCAGACAUGACCUGGGCAAAAACUACUCCAUGUCUGUCAACAAACCUCUGCAAGACAUUCUUAAUCAGUUUUUCCCCGGGUACAGCAAUGGGCGAUGAUCACUGGUGCUGCUUCCUACGAUGUUGAGGAUAUGAGAUGAAAACCACAAGGGGCAUUUUCAGUAGGGACAAUAAAAAAACACAAAACAAAAAAAAACAUUUUUUUCUUAAUAUAUUUCAAUGAUUAUAAAGCUACAAUAUUUUUGGACUGAGAUGCUCCCUUUUCCCACAAUAAAUCUGCCAUGUUGUACUUUCAAUGGAAAAAUUGAGAACUGGUUUGGAACAGACUGUAACUUUACUCCAUUAAUGGAAUCAGUCUUUCUCUCUUGUCCGUUUUUAAAAAAAACUUUUUUUUUUUUUUUUAACCCCGCUUGUUUUGUUUUAAUUACUGCUAAUGUUGUGUAUAAUUUUUAAUUGUGCUUUUCUUUCGUUACAUCCCUCUUUUGGCCCUCAUUAAGGGAGUUUUAAUCCAAAAGUAGUGAUUCCGUUUCCCGUAAGUUGAGUGGAGAAGCUUUUGUAGGAGGCCGUAUAUGAAAGGCUAUUACACGUGACCUUGAUUUCUGCAUUUUCAUUGGUUGUGGUUGAUCAUUCUGAUGCAAUCAACAAAAAAAAAACCAUUUGAUAAAGUGAUUGGUUUCUUUUCAUUUUUUUUUUAGCAGUAGAUUGCAGUUGCACUUCUGUGAUUGCUUCUUAAAAUGUUAACAUGAUCAAUUCACAAGCAUAAAGUAAAAAGAAGGUAAAGUUUUCCUGCAGUUCAGCACAAGAGGAAGUUUGCGAGAGGUUGUGACAUCAGAAUUUAGAAUUCCUUGCACGUUUCUUGCUGUAUUGGUCAAAUGGUUAGAUUUAUUUUAGUCCAUCAAGAUUCUGAGAAUAUGAUCACUCUUAAUCUGAAUUUGGUCACAAGGCACAAUAGAUUUUAAAAAAAAGUUUUAAUCUGACAAAUUGUCCUUAUUUUGUAUCGAUUUGCAUUCAAAUAGUCCAAAGAUAUGAUGGUGUUCAACCAAGACUGUAAUGUAGAACUUCCAUGUAUCUAGCUCUAUAGAUUUUGUCCCUAACACUCAAUCCUAAUUGAGCCUAGAUACUUCAUUUAUAUCUUGAUAACUUUUUGAUAAAGCUUAAACAUGUACUUUUGUGUUUUAUAAUCUAUUACUGCCAUGCUAUGUCGGGGCCAUUUUUUGUUUUUCCCAAAUGUUCGCUUAUAAAAUUGACCUAAUUUUUAUAAAAAAGAAACAAAUGCUUAUUAAAAGCCGUUCACACACUGUCCCUGAAAUAUGGUAGAAAACUAAGCUGAAUUAAACAAAUUUUUGCCGUUACCUUUAUCCGUUUAUUGAAUGAUAUUUUCUUGAAGCUCACCAGCGAUGUCUCCGAAUGCAAACACUUCCUGUUUUACAGUUGACAAAUAUUUGCAUAGACUGGGAAAUGUAUGUAUAUUUUUUUGAAUUGUAAAAUUGUUUUAGGCCAUUUUAGACUUGUGUAGGUUUAGAAUGCAUUGCACGUUUCAUAGUGCAAAAUAUUGUCCAUACAUUUUCAGUGUUUCUCAAUAAAAAAAGUUAAUUGUG